AUGAAUGAACAGUCUCAGAUGCAGCAGUCUACCAUUUUCCAGGACUCGGGAGCUGGACCUCCCGUUGCCUUUGUGGAUUCUGCGGCGUCUUUAGAUCCUCAAACGUCACUCGAGGACUACAACCGCACUAUGCUGGAGUACACCCAGCGCCAGAUGUCAACCUUUGUCGACCUCGACGGCUCCCGGGGUAACGGGGCUAGCAGUCGAAGCAGUCAAAGUUCUGGCAAUAGUGGCAACAGCGGCACUUCCUCUAACGGUGUCUUGGCUGGAAGCGCUAAUGGACCUCCGCCUCCAACAUCCGCUAGCUCAUCAGCCGAUGCCCCCCGCAGUGGAAAUCAGAAAUAUUCCAAGACCCCUCGCCCUGCGCCCGGCCAAGACCCAUCUCUCUAUUAG